AUGCCACAGAUCAAGGUUUUGCUUACCGGAGCAUCAGGUUAUAUUGGUGGUUCUGUACUUCAAGUUCUAUUAGACGAUUUCGGAAAAGAAAUUGCCAUCUCUGCACUUACAUCUGGCACUUCCAAUUUCGGAGACCACCCCAUCACUCAGCCAGAACUAAGAAACACAAAAAUUCGAACAGACAAAGACCCUAAUUACGAAUGGGAGAGAGACAACUCGGAAGCGUGGAUCACCCGAAAGGUUGAUGUUUCAAUAACCGAUGCGGGAGAACGCCUCGGCGUUGAUACCGUCAUCGUAAACCCGCCAUUGAUUUAUGGCCAAGGAACUGGGCCAGGCAAUCGAACAUCAAUCCAGAUACCUGCAUUGAUUGGGGUCUCUCUCCAUUAUAAAGAGGCUAUUGUGCUGGGAAACGGCGAUGGUCUUUGGAAUAUCGCUCAUAUUUCUGAUGUAGCUGACUUUUACUCUCUGAUGCUAAAGAGAUAUAUUGAAAGAAAGCCUGUUCAGCGUGGGAAAAGCGGCUAUUACUUCCUAGAAAACGGCGAGACUUCAUGGCUGGCGAUUUCUAAACUCAUUGGUGAGGUAGGGUAUCUUAAGGGACUCUUGAACUCGAAGGAGCCAAAAGACAUAAGCCCAGAAGAAUUUACAAAGGCACUCGGCAUAUCUUUCUUGAACCCUUAUAUGGUCGAAGUUAUCUGGAGCUCCAAUGCUCGUAUUUCUGCUAUCAAGAGCCGCGAAAUAGGAUGGCAUCCUCGGAAGAACAUUACGGAUUUUUAUCAUUCUUUUGAAGCCGAGAUUGAAGCGAUUGCCCAAGUUGGGCCAAAGCAUUAG